AUGAGAAGCACCGUUCAAAUCCAUUAUGUAUUAGUGUAUAAUGAUCAGUUAUCCAUUGAAAGAGCGUACAAUGUACAGUCUCAAACGUCUCUGAUCUUCUAUUUUUACGUUGGAAGUCUUCGAAUUUUCUUCAAAGAUGGACACAUUGGCCACAACGACAUUGAUGAAAUCGUUAUGAUACGUCAUCAAUUCGGGACUGAUGCGGUUGAGACCGGCGCUGAACGAUCGUUGCUUCAAAGUCUCCUCACCAUGAAAAGGACCAAUGGAGGUGAUACGUCUGGGUUCAUCUCAAAGGAAUUGACCGCUGCUACUUCUAAGAAUGCAACAACAAUAGCAGUUGAAGGAACUGCUUAA